GCGGGGCAAAAAGGGGGCACAAGCAGAGCGUCUCGGUGACUAUAAAGCCUCACGUGUUCACCUAAGCUCGUGUGUCUAACUGCAGUUAGCUCAAGAGUUUCGUACGUGGCUUUUUGGAAGAUCCGAGUGUGUCUUGCACACAGUGUGAUUAUUCGCUGCCACGCAAGUGCGCAUCGAAUCGCCGAUAAUAGUCGAGGAGUCACCGUUUGACUUUCGGAAUACACUAAAAAUCAUCAUGAACACCCUUAUAUUGCUGCUCGGUCUGACGACGAUGGCGUACGCACAGUUCAGCAGGUUCACGACCCCUGCAUAUCCACAACCGACGCAAUAUUACAAUCCCAAUUACUACGGCGGCCCGCGGCCUUUCUACGCCAUACUGCGACAAACGCAAGAUUCCGCGCCGGACGGAUCAUAUUCUUACAGCUAUGACACGGAAAAUGGUAUCUCCGUAGCGGAAACGGGACAGCCGAAGAACAUUGGGCCUAAUCAGAUCGAAGCGGUCAGAGGUCAAUACAGUUAUACGGCCCCGGACGGCACCCCGAUCCUGGUUACUUACACAGCCGAUGAGAAUGGCUUUGUGGCGAGUGGCGCUCAUCUGCCGACACCGCCGCCGAUACCGAUAGAGAUACAACGCGCCCUGGCGCACAAUGCGGCUCAUCCCGAAGAGGAGGAUCCUUAUAGGAGAUAUUAGAAAUAUCUACGCGCUAGGACUGCUCUCAACGCUUCGAUAUAUCGACGUGAAAUAACAUCGUGGUUUACCACUUUUUGGGAUAUUGACGAUAUUUACUGUCAUAUUAUUCGUCUCGUUAUCUACGAAAGAUUGUUUCGAAGCGGGUGGUUCGACCUUUGCUAUUGAUUCCGGAAUAAACGUCAGAGCAGAAAAAUGUUACGCGCUCUUCAUUUCUUGAAAUCGGAUACGUUUGUCAAUCAUACGGUUGCCCCAUGAUUGUUAUAUCGAUUAUCAACUUAUCGAGCAGUGCUAGUGUUUUACUUUGUGCGUGCAAAACGAGGCACGAUUAGGCGAGACAACGGAACGUGAGAUCGAUGAGUACAAGCGAAGUGUGAAUAAGAAAAUGAAAGAAACGAAUUCUUUAGUUGACGUAAAGGAACCUUUAAUAAAUAUUUUUAGUCGUUAUAUUCUCAGUGAUUGCAAAAUUUCAAUCAAUAGAUGUGACUGUGAGUAAAAAAGACAAAAUUUUUACGCGGCUCUGGAAAUGCUUUGUUUUUUUUUUUAGAAACUUAUUUUCUCGAUUUGAAAUGCAACGGCCGGGCUUGAAUGGCUAUAAUGAUGCACAAUUUGUUUCGCGUUGAUCUUAAGAAAUCGCGAUGGUGCGACACACGAAAAGCCAUAAAAUCGUUCUGGAGGUGUAAUUUAUGCAUACGGCCGAUAAUACGACUGCCAUCAAAGCUCGAGAUAAAAUAAAAUAUUGGACGGAAUUGUUGUAUAUUGCAUCUGCUAUGCGCAACGUGCAAUAUUCAGUGAAGUUCAGCAUUAUUAUAUAAGACGACACGAUCUUAAAUAUGAAUUACGCAAGACCGCCUUGCCUUACUCGAGGCAGAUCAAUAUAUUAUGGGAGGUUAUGCCGAGCGGUGCAAUUUUGCGGAUCGAAUCGUUUUUUUAUCUUUGUAAUGACGAGACGUCAUCUGAAAAUUUUACGUUUAUAAUAGACUCGUAAAAAAAAAUAUAAAUAUUAUGGUGCAUAAUUAUUGCGUGCCGCAAUUAACCGAAAUUCGUACUCGUCCUUGAGGAUUUCGUUCGUCGCCUGAACGUGCCUUAAACCCUAAACAGUAUAAAUUCAUAUAAUAAAAAUACGAAACUAAAGACACUUUCGUUUAACUUAAUUGGGACAACAAAUGUCAUAUAUAUCAUGGAGUUUGAAAAUUAAAUUUUGUCAGUUUGUACAAAAUUUUCAGGUGAAAUGAGAUAAUCUUUUAUAUAUUAUACAAUAAAUCUCAAAAGAAUAAAAAUUCUGCCAGAAUUCUGUUAUACUGUUCAGGGUUAGCCGACUAACCAACGACAUUCUGUGUCUCUGGAAGACCUGCCGAAUACGAAGUGUUCCGCUUCGCUUUACUGAUCCUAACACGAAAGAGAUUACGUCCAACUGACGCGAUCGAGGUCCUGCGUAUCCUGCGAGCGUUUCGUUCCUCCACACUCCACAUUCUCCACUCGGCGAGAAGUGGCGGGGACGAUGGCGGAGGGAGUGAGUCGAUGCAGGUGCCCGAUGCGACAAUAUGUCAUAUCAUAAUUGUGCUGUAAUGUAUCAAUGCUACUAUAUGGCUAUUAAAUCAUUUAAUUGCGCAUGCUUCUCCACGUAUUCUGAGUAUCGUAAUCACGUGCCUAUAAUUAUAACGCGUCACCGAGGCGACCUAAGGAUUCGUCCUCGUUCAGUGCCUUUAACGACUUUUAACAAACCGCGGGCAUGAUCACCGUAUAAUAAUAAAUUAUUUUAAUACGCAA